UAUGUUUAUUUCUUUGUGUGUGCUGUUGAUUGAUUGAAUAGGAAACAUCCCACUGGAUAAUGCACUGAUUGUAAUUUGCAAGAAACAGUGAGGCAUAUACUGCUAGACUGCAACAAAUAAGAAGAAUUUAGGGCAGAAUUAAAGGCACAAAUAUAUGAACAAAACAUGUAUUGGGGAAAGCAUCUGGGAGAAUACACAAUUUAUUAAUUUUAUUUUCGAAAAACACUGGGUUAAGUAAAAAAUAAUUGAAUACGAAUAUAUAAUCUAAGGAAGAUAAGUAAAGUUUACUGGAAAUGCAAGAAAUGUUUAAUUUUAUUUUAAAAGGUUUUAUUUAAUUUUAAUCAUCCACCUUUCAUUUGAUGUUACUCUAAUACCCAAACUCCAGUAAAGUAGGUGGCGGUAAUGCGCCUUUGAGAUGAGUUGUCAACUGCCAUUAAACCUGGAAGAAGAAGGUGAUGACGUCAUCUAGCGCGCGCUCAGCCAGAGUCGAGUCUCGUGAGGCGAACAGUUCGCGGUACUUCACGUGUUUACUUUAUUGUAAAACACACUUAACCGUUUAAGCAAAAAAGAGACUCGUCAAUAUUAUCAGCUGAUGAAAAUCCUUUUUAUUUGUUUAUUUCUCUACAAGAUUUAGAUUUGCUCCUCCUUCAGUGAAGCUCCUCCCACAACAUUUGCACAUUCAGUGAAGCUCCUCCCACAACACGCACAUCUUCAGUAAAGCUCCUCCCACUACAAUCAAACUUUCGGUGAAGCUCCUCCCACUACAACCACACCAUCAGUGAAGCUCCUCCCACUGCAGUUCAUCAAUAAAUGCUGGAAUAUUCCCAUCAGUCUACAAGUGAAGACCAGCAUCAAAGCAUCAGGAAGAAGUGAAAUCUGCAGAGACAGAGUUUAUUGAAGAACAGAGAGAUCAAGAACCCUGCAGAAUGAACCAGACUGAAGAACAAACAGAGCUGAUUGAAGAAAACGAGGAGCAUGAAGAACUGAAUAAAGAGGAGGACAAACAUGUCAAAACUGGAGAAAAACCUUGCUCUCAAAUCAAACAGAAAGAUUUAAAGAAGAAAAGAGAUGAGAAAUCUUUCAUCUGCACUCAGUGUGGAAAGAGUUUGGGAGGCAAACAGAGUCUUGAAAAUCACAUGAGGAUCCACACUGGAGAGAAACCAUACAGAUGUGAUCAGUGUGAGAAGAGUUUCACACAAUCAGCAAACCUUAAGAUGCACAUGCACAUUCACACUGGAGAGAAACCUUACAAGUGUUCACAUUGCGACAAGAGGUUCAGUGUGUUAGGAUAUCUGAAAACACAUGAGAGGAUCCACACUGGAGAGAAACCAUACAGAUGUGAUCAGUGUGAGAAGAGCUUCACACAAUCAGCAAACCUUAAGAUGCACAUGCACAUUCACACUGGAGAGAAACCUUACAAGUGUUCACAUUGCGACAAGAGAUUCAGUGUGUUAGGAUAUCUGAAAGCACAUGAGAGGAUCCAUUCUGGAGAGAAACUGUUCACAUGUGAUCAGUGCGGGAAGAGUUUCACAGCAUCAUCAAACUUUAAGAACCACAUGAACAUCCACACUGGAGAAAAGCUGCAUGAAUGUGAUCAGUGCGGAAAAACAUUUUUGUGGUCCUCAGCACUGAAGAAUCACCUGAGAGUUCAUUCAAAGGAGAAACCACAUUCAUGUUCUUUGUGUGGAAAGAGUUUUUCACAACUGCAGAGUUUAAAAGUCCAUCAGAAGAGACACGCUGGUGUGAGAGAAUAUAAGUGCUUUGAUUGUAAGAAGACUUUUAUUACAGCUCCACAUUUGAAGCGCCACCUGAUGAUCCACACUGGAGAGAAACCCUAUCACUGCACUGUAUGCAGGAAGAGUUUCAAUCAAUCAUCUAAUCUACGUGUUCAUAAAAAGAUUCACAGUCAGUAGAUCAUCUUCAGAUCCAACACUUUCAGGUCUGAUCUCUAAUCUUCACCAAACGUGACACAAUAAUGCAUCAAGAAAUAAAGCAUCUUCUGUGUAAAUCUGGCCUUACAAACAAACAUUAUCUAAAGUCACAGUGAAUAAAGUUCAUCUUCAAGACCAGCAGUUUCAACUGUAAAAUUUUUAUGGACUUCAGUUCCAAUGAAUUAAUCCACAAAAGAAUGCAACUUACAAUAGGACGACACUUGGAAGGGGUAUCCGAGCCCUUGUGGACCUUACAUAUCAAAAGUGUUACCGGAAAAUCAACUUUAAGAAAAUAAUAUUCACUAUUGCUGAAUUGCAAAUUUAAAAUGAGGCUGUAAUUUAAAAUGUACAUAAUUUUUCAAUUUACUAGUGAGUCAGCAGGUAAACACUCAUAAAAAAACACAAUCAUCCAAUUGUCUACUAAUUUCCUUUACAUAAUCUGUAGCUUGUUGAAGCACUAUAGCCCAAAGUAGGGCACAAAACCACAUCGGAAUCUCUUUUAAAAUAAAUUAUAGCAUCCCUCUUCACUUUCUACAAAUUAUUAUAUGUUUUAUAUUGUCUCUUAUCUUUGUUUGUUUAACAAAGUCUUAACAUCAGCUUCAACGAACCUUCAGAAAGUGUUUAAAGAUGCAUUACUGUUAUGAGGUGGAAUAAAGUUCAAAUUCUUUUUAAAAGGAA